AUGCCUUCCGGAUCUCCUGUUGCCCUUGUCUUGGGGGCUGGCUCGAAUAUUGGCGGCCACGUUGGCAGGGCUUUCGCUUCCAAGGGUUAUCGUAUCGCCCUCGCCGCACGAAGCCUGAGAGAGGAGGACAGCACGCCUGAGCAAUUGCAUAUACGGGCUGACUUUGCCGAUCCUGCCUGCAUUCCCGACAUCUUCGUCAAGGUCAAGUCGAAGCUGGGCCUUCCUAGUGUCGUCGUGUACAAUGCGGCCGCUGCUACAUUCUACAAUGAGCAUAACCCACUCGGUCUGCCAUUCACGGAUUUCAAAAAUACUUUGAAUGUCAACUUGACCAGCGCAUUCGCUGCCGCCCAGCAGGCAGUGUUGGCUUUUGACCAGCUCCCAGAGUCUGCAUCGCGGACAUUCAUCUAUACCGGCAACUACUUGGUCGUUCACCCCCUUCCCAACCUGAUGGAUCUCGGAAUUGGCAAAAGUGCUACCGCCCACAUGAUCCAGUGUGCAGCCGAAGGCUACAAGGGAAAGGGAUACAAGUUCUACUACGCUGAUGAGCGCACCGCCGAGGGUGCUCCCGCCAUGAUGGACAUCAAUGGGCCCGCACAUGGCAAGUUUUACACUGAACUUGCAGAAGACAAAGCCCAGGGGCCGUGGUACCAGACAUUUGCCAAGGGUGUGGGCUACAAGAAGUUUUGA